AUGUUGCUGGAUGAGUCAAGUGGACGGGUUGACUUUACACACGAUGAGUUCACCCGUUUGCCGUCAUACACCACGGAGCAAGCCAGUAUUGCUUCUGAACUGAACCUGGCGGGGCCUCUCGCGGCGAGUCGAGAGAAGCUGCGACCCACGCUUCCACAAGGCACAUCGCACUUUCUCAAUCCUGCGAAAACAUCAUUUUCUGCCGUUGACGUUCCCACCCAACGAUUUAAUAGCAACGCCUCGUUCGCGAAAAAGGACCCCACCACCCAGCACAGGCACGGCGCCGAUUCUGAUGCAAGUCUUACAUGCUCAAGCGAUGAAGCAGAGGACGACGAAAUGCAGGACGCAGGUCAACCAAGUGCCAAACGUACACACGUCAUGACAAACCCUAGCUCGCAUGGCCCUUUCACCAAACCCUUUGAUCGGACAGCACUGCCCGACAUGCGCAUUUCAAAUCUGAAUGAGUUUGUCAACUCGCUCAGCAACAAAGACUUGGUCGAUCAGUUUGAUUCGGAGUUUAUUCUCUGGGACAUCAUCCGCUGCAAUCCCCACGCCUUUUCGCUUUGCCCCGAUACUGAGGCUCCAGUUUACGUUCUGCUUGACCGCGACGUGACUUACGCCCUCGAGAUUCUGUUCUUUAAAGGGGUGACCAGUGCCUUCUUUGAAGAGAUGACGGGCGUCAAUCUGCGCUUUGCCUUCCAAGAAUCAGAUACCACUUUCGAUGGACCCGAUGUUUUGCCAGCUGCGCAAGAAAUGCCCAACGCGAAGUUGGGUGAGGCGACUUCAUCAAACACAUUGACGACGGCAACGACAUCCACGACCUCCAUCGCUCAGGAAAUUCCUUGCCCGCACUGCCAGCCAGCGCCUGAACGCUCCAAUCCGGCUGCCAAAACCAUCCGGAACGUCUUUGUCAAGUUUGCCCACAACCAACCAAACGGUCACAUCCUUAUCGUCGUGAACAACGAGACCGGGGCUCACGUCAAGUACGAGCUUCGAAGGCGUGGUCGUCCGCUUACAAAUCAAAGCCAUUCUGUCAUCCCUUUUACUGCCAACAAACCCUACGCACCCCACGAAAAGGUGGUGGUGGCUCCUGGGGUCAUUCAGCACACGCUGAGGCACGGCAAGUCCCAGGCCAUGUCCGAGUUUGCCGAACAUCACUUUUCGUACGCUUUUACCCAGUUUGUGGUCAUGUUUCCGGGCAUUCGUCGACCUCGCCCUGUGGUCAUUGCUUAUUGGCAAAACGCCCACCUUGAAAAGCAGUUUGAUGAUUUCCGUCAUCAACUUGAGCGCCAGGGUCGCAGCGUGCAUGAGCUGCGCGUGUUUCACGGCUCAAAGCUCGAGAACAUUCAGCACAUCAUGAUGCAUGGCUUCAAGGUCGGCGGUGACGGGGUUGAGUCCACCAACGGCGCCCGGCAUGGUGCGGGGAUUUACACGGCCACCGGUCCUCAUACUCCCAUGUGGUAUUCGCAACAUUCACGAGCCAUGAUCAUGUGUCGCGCCCUUAUCGGUGCCCGCGGUCCUACUCAUGACUCGAUAGCUCCAGACGGCGACCAAGUGGACUGCUGGUCACCCCCAGGCAAUGAGGGUGACUGUAAUCUAUCAGGUCAACGAUGCACCACGAGAGAGACAGAGAGAGAGAGAGAUCAAGAGAGAGAUCGAGAGAGAGAUCAAGAGAGAGAUCAAGAGAGAGAGAAACAGAGAGAGAAACAGAGAGAGAAACAGAGAGAGAAACAGAGAGAGAAACAGAGAGAGAAACAGAGAGAGACAGAGAGCGAUCAAGAGAGAGAGAGGGCGAGAGAGUGA